CCGUCUAACAACCAAUCACAAACCUCUCUUUCCCUGAUUUUUAGGGGGAUGGGCCGCCCCGCUCACCUAUUGACCAAUCAAGAUUAACCAUCAUGUAAAAGCCUGUAAAUCAUUUGUACCCGUUACCCAACCACUACAAAUUCUACUCAAACCAGCCAGCAACGCAAAUGCACCUCCAGAAGCGGAAGGCGCACGACGACAAUGGCUGAGGAGCCCCCGCCGGCGAGUAGGCCGAAGCCGCCGAUGUCGCGCAUCAUGCGCCUAUCCCUCAGGGCCGUGGACUACGUCGCCGACGCCACCCGCCGCGCCGACGGCACCGUGAACCGCCGCGUGCUCUCCCUCCUAGACCCGCGCGUCCCGGCCUUCUCCUCCCCGUGCCGCGGCGUCGCCUCCCGCGACGUCGUCGUCGACCCGACCCUCCGCGUUCGCGCCCGCCUCUUCCACCCAGCGAGACCCGCCGGCGACGCCAAGGGAGCGCCUCUCCCCGUGAUCGUCUUCUUCCACGGCGGCGGGUUCGCGUUCCUCUCCGCGGCGUCGCUGGCCUACGACGCCGCGUGCCGGCGCAUCGCGAGGUACGCCUCCGCGGCCGUGCUCUCCGUCGACUACCGCCGCGCCCCGGAGCACCGGUUCCCCGCGCCCUACGACGACGGCCUCGCCGCGCUCCGCUUCCUCGACGACCCGAGUAACCACCAGGCGGACGUCCCGCUCCAGACCUCCCGCUGGUUCCUCGCCGCGCUCCGCUUCCUCGACGACCCGAGUAACCACCAGGCGGACGCCCGCACCGACUGGAUGUGGCGCGCGUUCCUCCCGGACGGCGCUGACCGCACUCACGAGGCCGCGUGCUUCACCUCCCCUGGGGCAGCCGCUGGCGUGGACAGCCCGGCCUUCCCGCCGGUGCUGCUCGUCAUCGGCGGCUAUGACCCGCUUCAGGACUGGCAGAGACGGUAUUGCGAGAUGCUGAAGGACAGCGGCAAGGACGUGAGGGUGUUGGAGUACCCGGACGGCAUUCACGCGUUCUUCCUCUUCCCUGGGUUCGAUGACGCGCGCAACCUCAUGACACGCAUCGCCGAGUUCGUCGGCGAGAGCGACGAUGGCGGCAGCGAGUAACCCUUAUUCCACGCCUGCUUGCUUGGGUUGGUUGGGACUUGGGAACCUGGAUGCCG